AUGGCCUUGCCAAUGUUGCCGCUAUCCACGGUGUCGGAAGCGCUGACAAAGGGCGCCAAUCUUUCGGCAGCUCUGGGCCACGUAGCCACAGACCCUACGCUUACCUCAGGUUCCUGGGCGCUGUCCGAAGAGAACUCGACAUCGCCUUCAUUCCGGCCUAAUCUCACGGCUGACGAUUAUCCUCCCAUGAUUGCUCUGGGCUUCGAGCUCCAGGCGUUCCUCAUCGUGUUGUACAGCUUGACCGCGCUGCUGGCUCUCGGCGGCAACGUGAUGGUCAUCGUGGUGCUUGUGCUAGGCCGACGGUCGUCGCGCGAACUCAGGCUGUUCUUGGUGAACCUGGCGCUGUCGGACAUUGCCAUGGCCGUGUUCUCCAUCCCGUUCACCUACACCGACUUCAUGCUGGGCCGCUGGAUCUUCGAGCCGCUCUUCUGCCCCGUCGUGCUGUUCAUGCAGCACGUGUCGGUCAUCGUCUCCGUCUACACGCUUACCGCCAUCGGCAUCGACCGGUGA